CUGAGAAAUCCAUUGUUGUGCCAGCUGUACUUAGGGAGCCCAGGGACAAACAGAAGAAGCAUCUCAGGGGUCAGAUUUUUGACUUAGGAGGAGGAUUAAACAGAAGAGAAAAGGUGAAUUUGCACCAGUGCCCAACUAAUCUGGAGUGAGUUAAUAAAUAGCCUGAAACAAGCAGCCAUUGAGCAAUACUCCAGCAAGAGGAAGGAAGAACAAAGCAUCUUUUUAAUCGAAAGGAGGAAAUAAAAAAGAUUUUGCUGGGAAUUACCCCUUACAACAAAGUCCAUCACCUGAUGCCCAGAGAAUAAAUCCUUCAAGCUAUUUGCACAGUGCUUACUUGGCAUUCACCACAGCGUGAGCAUUGAAAAACAACACUUCCUGGUUGUCUAUAUGAGAAACCUGGGAUCUCAAGUAUAGGAUCUGUGAAUGAAAUGGCUCUCCUGUUCUUCAUCUUUUUGUUGACCUUUGUCCAAGAUGAAUCUACAGCUGUUCUAAGUUCAAGUCCCAUAUUUGGACCAAAGCAGGUAACUGGGUUGCUUGGAGGUUCCAUUACUGUGAAAUGCUUCUACCCCCGAAGUAAUGUGAAUAGACAUAGCAGGAAGUACUGGUGCAAAGAAUCAACACGACGAUGUUCAACUCUCAUUUCUACCAGUGGCUAUGUUGCCCCAGAGUUCACAAACAGAGCCUCAAUAACAGACUUUCCUGAGAAUGGCAUAUUCAUCAUAGAAAUAUCUGAGCUGGGAAGAAGAGACAUGGGACAAUACAAAUGUGGCAUUGGUUUGAAUGACAAGGGACUGAGCUUCAGAGUGCAGUUGGAUGUUUCUGAAGAUUCAGUAAUGCCUGAUGAAGCUCAGCUGUUUUACACUGAGCAGCAUGGAUCACUUACUAUGACCUGUGACUUUGGUAAUCAAUAUGCAAGUUUUAGGAAGUACCUGUGCAAGAUGUCCAAGACUUCCUGCUCCACUGUUAUUGACACGCAUGGAAAUAUUGACCCAUCCUACAAGGGAAGGAUUUUGUUGACCUAUCUUGACAUUCCUGGAUCAUUCCAAAUCAUUAUGACCCUGCUAAAGAAGGAAGAUUCGGGAUUAUACCUCUGUGGAGCUGGGAACUAUGGGGCAGAAGGAGAAUCCAAGAAACUGGAUGUACAUGUCUAUGAAGGGGCAUUGGUGCCCAAAGGACAACCUAUACUAAGUGGAGUCCAGGGUGGUUCAGUGUCUGUCGAAUGUCAUUACGAUCCAAAAGAGAAUGUCACAAUCAAAUAUUGGUGCAAGUGGAGAGAACACGGGUGUAUUCAGUUAAUACACAAUUUUGGGUAUGUGUUGGAUUCCUAUGAGGGAAGGAUAGUGAUGCACGAUGACCCAGAAAAUGGCACAUACACCAUCAUAUUGAACCAACUGAAUGAGGCAGAUGCAGGGUACUACUGGUGUAUGACAGAUGGACAACAUGAACGGAAGUCAACAGCAGAGCUGAAGAUUGUAGAAGGGCAACCCAGUUUAGCAGUUGAUAAUGAGAUCCAUGCAGUUGCCAGCUCCCCACUGACUAUAUCAUGCACUUAUCCCUGCAAAUAUGCUCAUUAUGAGAAGUAUUGGUGCAAGUGGAAGAAUACUGGAUGUGAACCUCUCAUCUCAUCUGAUCAAAAUGAAGCCAGCUUGGUAGUUACCUGUGAUAAAGCCAGUAGAAUUUUGUCUCUGAAGUUUGACCAAGUGGUGCCAACAGAUCAAGGAUGGUAUUGGUGUGGAGUCAGACAUGCAGGUCACUAUGGAGAAACAUCUGCAGUAUACCUGCAAGUGCAAGGAGAUUCCAGCCCCAAUGAGGAACUCAGUUCUAGAAUCAACUCUGAAAACAGGGACUCUCUCUUAAACAAUGGCAAUGAAGGACCUGGAGCUGAAAGUUCAGCAGAUGGCCAUGAAGAACGUAAAAAUACCACAGUUGUUCUCUCCGUUUUGCUCCCCCUUGGAGUUGUGUUUCUGCUUCUUGUCACACUUGGUGUUGUUGUGAAGCUCAGGCUUUUCAAGAACUCAGAUUUGGUCUCAGUUGCAAGCUACAGGACAAACAUCAGCAUGACAGAUUUUGAGAAUGUGAGACAGUAUGGAGCAAAGGACAAUGUGUGCAUGGAAGAAGAUCAUGAGACCCAAAUAGGGAGGAUGGAUGAGUAUAUAACAACUACUGGCAGUCCUAAAUCAAAGAAGGCAAAAAGGGGUUCCAAAGAGGAAGUUGAGAUGGCUUAUACCACAGUCCUGCUGAAAGACAACACAAUCCCUACAAGAAGCUCCCAGGAACAAUAGGCCUUUGCAAAUUGCUGAGCAGUAUAAUUGCAAACAUUAUUGAAGACUCGUAGAAGCCAAUUAUGCAAUAAUGAUUGAAGACAGGCUAUGGUUAGAAUCAGUGAAUAGUCAGUUAUGCUGAGAUUCUAAUAUUUUUCCAAAUUGUUUCAGUUCUAUCACUGAUUAAACAAUACUUCUGGAUCAAGGUAUAUUGUUUUAAGAGUAAACAGCUUCAUUCAAACUUAUGUAAAUCCAAAUAAUAAAGUUUUGUGAUUUAGGAGAAAUGUCUUGAUGGUAAGAGCAGAUAAACAAUGGAACCCAUGGGAGGUCUUCACUCAGAGGCUAGGCAAUCAUCUGUUGGAGGUGCUUGAGCUCUGGAUUUCCUGAAUCAAGCACUGGGUUGGACUAGAUGGUCAACAAGAUCCCUUCCAAGUAUGUCAUUCCCCACAUAUGCACACAUGCACACACAUACACACACUUUUCAUUGAUUUUUUAUUUCAUACAAUUAUAAUAAGAAAAUAUAAUUAAUAAAACAAAACAAAGCAAUAAUCAGAUAAGAAAUGAAAUCAUAAUCACACAAUCAUGAGUGAGAGGAAAAGGAGAAAGAGGACGAGGAGAAACUGAUUCUGUACCUGAUUGUAUUUGUGAAAUGUGAAAUGUUUUAAACUAACAGAUAUAGAUUUGAAAACUUUGUAAAACUUUGUGUGUGUCUGUCUAUAUAUGAAAAUUAAGAGGCAAUGAGGCCUCUUAAUAAAAUCACUUUGAUAAAAUCUAAUAUUAAUCAAAUAGGACAUGGAAUAUUUUUUUUAAUUGGAGCAAACAAAUCUAGUUGAUCAAUCACAUCUGGAAAUUUCUUAUGCAUUUGGUAUCUUAUACUUUCUCUAAGGAGUUCAGAGAAGCAUUCGUGGGGUUAUUUUAUUUCAUUCUUUGUUAGGCUGAAAGUUAAUGACUAGCCCAAGGCCACCUAUUGACCUUGGCUAAACAGAGGUUUUCACCCAGGUAUCCUCAGACCUAGUACAUCACUUUAGUAAAAUAGUUGAAAUACCAGUGAUGGAAUUUAGAAAUGGUGUAUAAGACAGUUUUGACUGCAUGGAGAUAAUAAACAAUCUAGAGGGCAUGGAGCUGCAGGAAGAGGCAGUUAUCACCCCGCCCCCCCAUCCCAGAUGUCCCCAUGUAUACUGAGUGAUAUUAGUUAUGUGGUCUGUAGAGUCUGCCUUGGUUCUGCAACCAGCCCAUCAGCCAUGUUAAUUAAUAUUGGGUCAGUGUAGGCUGAACUACUCUAUCUGCACCCACAGACCAUGCAAUGUACUCUACAUUGUUUGAGCAAAAGCUAUGAAGAAUCACCACACUCAUGUGGUGUUUCCAAUAUCAGAUAGACUUAUUCCUAUUAGAAUGAGUGAAUGGGUGAAGACUCAAUAUUGACAUCAAAGGUGUUUGAUGUCUUUGAAAGGUCCCUAGGUUAUGGAUGAUUCUCUGCUGGAUUUUGCUGUUGAUGGGCUCUGGAGAAUGAGAAAAAUAAUUAUUUUAAAAUUAAGGGUUUUUUCUCCCUCUUUUGUAUGCCCGAUUCCCUGAUCUAUAUUCCUUUGGAAUCAGUGACUUUAUAGUUAUAUGUAUGCAAUGUUUUCUGAGUA